AUGAAGUUUUCUAAUGAUCCUAAUUUCCAUAUUGACGAGGAUUCUUUACAUAUGAAUAAUAUACAUCAGAAUAAAAUUGAAGAAGAUGUAAUAGAUGAUAUGAAAGCUGUUAGCGAUUAUAAUGUAAAUAAUAAGGAAGUUCAAAGAAACAGUUUAUCAGUAAAAGAGAAUGAAAAAAUGAGGUUAAAUAGUGUAGGGGUAUAUAAAUUAAAGAGAGAAGAAUAUAAAAAUAAUAUGAACCAAAGGAAUGUACAUCAAAAGAAUAUAAAUGCAAUAUAUAAGUACCAUAAAAAUAUUAAUACAAAAGUAUAUGAUGAAAAUAUAGAAUAUAAGAGGAAUAGUUAUGAAGAGAAUUUACAUGGGAAAACAAAAUAUGAUAGGAUUGAAGAAUUAGAAAAUUAUAUAAAUAUUAACAAUGCGACUAGUGUAUGUUCUUUAAGAAUAAAAUUAUGGGAAGCUCUUUUAUUAUAUAUAAAUAAUUUAAAUGUGGAAUUUAUUUAUUUUAUUAUAUCAUGUUUAAAAGAAAUAGAAGUGUAUUGGGGACAGGAAGCUACUGAAAAUUUACAUGAGAUAAUUAAUUUAAUAAAUGAUAAAAAAUAUAAAGAAGUUUCUAAUAAGAUAAGAGAAACAUUAUCAAGUUUAUCUGUAACAACUGGUAAGAUAACAGAUGAAAAUCCAUUUUUUUACACAUUAAUUGUGUCUUCAAAAAGAGAUGAAAAUAGAAAUAGUAGUACUAAUAAUUAUUCAGAUUUAACAUGUGAAUUAAAUAAGAUAUUACAAUAUGAGCACAAUAGAUUAUCUAAUCAAAUUAAUAAUAAGACAUUAGAAUAUAAAAUAAUUGAAGUAAGUAAUGCAAGGGAAGCUUUAUUGGCUUGUUUAAUAAAUCCUCAAAUAUUAUCUGUUGUAAUAGUAGAUAAUUUAAAUAUUGAUGAGGAUGGUAUGGAAGAAAAGGACAUAUAUAAUUAUUAUAAUGAUGAAAAUAAUUCUGUAAAUAAUAACAGUGUAGCAAACUCUUAUGUGUAUAAUACAGGUGUUGUAAAUAAUAUACAUAUUCCCAUAAAUAAGGUCAAUAUGAAUAACAUUGGGGUUAAUUCAUCGGCAAUUAAUAAUAAGGAUAUAUAUAUGAAAGGACUGGUAAGUACUAACAGACAUCACAACAACAACAACAAUAAUAAUAAUAAUAAUAAUUAUAAUAAUAAUAAUAAUUAUAAUAAUUAUAAUAAUGGCAGUAUAACCGAUUUUAAGAAAAAUAAAUCAUAUAAUUAUGGUAAUAAUUAUUUAAAUAACAAUAUGAACUUGAACAAAAAAUAUAAUGAUAGUAAUAAAAAAAAUAGUAUAAAUAGUAUAAAUAAUUUGAAUUAUAUGAAUUAUAUGAACAAUAUUAAUAAUAUGAAUAAUAUGAAUAAUGUGAAUAAUGUGUACCAUAUGUAUAAUAUAAAUUACAAUAAUGAUAAUAUUUGUUAUCACCAAUUUAAACAACACAAAUUUAAUAUCGCAGAUUUCGUUUUGGGUUAUGAACAGCUAGUUUCUGCUCCCCUAGAGAAAAUGAAAAAAGGAUUUAAUAGCCUAGUUAUACUUAUAAAAAGUAUAGCUUAUAUUCGUAGUUCUGUUGAUAUAUUUUGUGUGUGUACGUCUAUAACCUUGGAUAGUUUACAAUCUGUAAAUAAUAUGAUAAUACGUAUUUUCACUACACAUGAUGACCAUAGUGAUUUACAUGAAUCUAUAUUAGAUGGAGUAAAGAAAAAGAUUAAGACUCCAUUUUUUAAUGCUUUAAAAGCAUAUGCUGAAAGGCCUAUUGGUGUGUUUCAUGCAUUAGCUAUUAGUAAAGGUAAUAGUGUAAGAAGAAGUAGAUGGAUACAAUCUUUAUUAGAUUUUUAUGGAGUUAAUUUAUUUAAAGCUGAAUCAAGUGCAACUUGUGGUGGUUUGGAUUCCUUAUUAGAUCCUCAUGGUUCAUUAAAAGAUGCUCAAAUAAUGGCUGCACGUGCAUAUAGUAGUAAGUAUUGUUUUUUUGUAACUAAUGGAACAUCUAGUUCUAAUAAAAUAGUAAUGCAAGCCUUAGUUAAGCCUGGUGAUAUUAUUUUAGUUGAUCGAGCUUGUCAUAAGUCUCAUCAUUAUGGAUUUGUUUUAAGUCAAGCCUUUCCAUGUUAUUUAGAUCCUUACCCUGUAUCUAAAUAUGGUAUAUAUGGUGCAGUACCUAUAUAUGUAAUAAAAAAAACGUUAUUAGAAUAUAGGAAGAGUAAUAAAUUACAUUUAGUUCGUUUAAUAAUUCUAACCAAUUGUACAUUUGAUGGUAUAGUAUAUAAUGUAAAAAGAGUUAUGGAAGAAUGUCUAUCGAUUAAGCCUGAUUUAAUAUUUUUGUUUGAUGAAGCUUGGUUUGCUUAUGCAUGUUUCCAUCCAAUACUUAAAUUUCGAACAGCUAUGACAGUUGCAGAAAAAAUGAGGAGUACUGAACAAAAAAGAAUUUAUGAAAAAAUACAUAAAAAGUUAUUAAAAAAAUUUGGUAAUGUCAAAAGUUUAAAUGAUGUACCAGAGGAAGAAUUAUUAAAAACGAGAUUAUAUCCAAAUCCAAAUGAAUAUAAGGUAAGAGUUUAUGCAACUCAGUCUAUUCAUAAAUCUUUAACAUCUUUAAGACAAGGAAGUGUAAUAUUGAUAAGUGAUGAUAAUUUUGAAUCGCAUGCAUAUACACCUUUUAAAGAGGCAUAUUAUACACAUAUGUCUACAUCUCCGAAUUAUCAAAUUUUGGCUACCUUAGAUGCAGGUAGGGCACAGAUGGAAUUAGAAGGAUAUGGAUUAGUAGAGAAACAAACUGAAGCUGCAUUUCUCAUAAGAAAAGAAUUAAGUGAGGAUCCUAUUAUUUCGAAAUAUUUUAGGAUAUUGAAUGCGGAUGAUUUGAUACCUGACAGAUUAAGGCAAUGUACAGUAUCAUACAUGAAGAGGAAGCAUAUAAAUAAUAAUAUAUGUAUAAAUAAUAAUAAUAAUACAUGUAUACAUAAUAAUAAUAAUAAUACAUGUAUACAUAAUAAUAAUAAUACAUGUAUACAUAAUAAUAAUAAUAAUACAUGUUUACAUAAUAAUAAUAAUGGGGGAGGGAAGAAUAAUAUGGCAAACAAAAAAAUAUAUAAUAAUUCGUUAAAUUCUAGAUGCAGUGUUGAAGAAAAUGCUGCAGGCUCCUAUGUUUUCAAUAAUAAUAAUAUAAAUGAUAUAGAGGAUAGUACAGAAAGUACACAUAAGAUUCCAUUCGAAUAUUCUGGUGGUAAAUUAUCUAACGUUAUUAAAUAUCCUCAUGAAUAUAUGAAUGAAGAUAAUAGUCCAAAUAAUAUCCAUACAAAUUUACAAAAGAACAAUAUGAAAUUGUUAAAUGAUAAUAAUAUUGAGAUGGUUAAGAAAUUGGAAAACUCGAGCUGUUUUAAAUGCAGUCAUAAUGUGAAUAAUGUGUCUAAUGUGUUAAUAAAUAAUUCGUUGUAUAAAAAUAGAAGUGAUAAUAAGAAGGAUGAGUCGGAGAAGAGAUAUGUGUGUGAUGAAUAUAAUGAGAGUGUUAAAAGGGGUCUCCCAAAUGAUACAAAUGGUGAUUCGACAUAUAAAGGGUGUUCUAAUGGGGGUAUCAACAUAGAUGUGAAUGUAAAUGAUAAUGUGGAUGGCAAUGUAAAUGACAAUGUAAAUGACAAUGUAAAGGACAAUGUAAAGGAUAAUGGAGAUGACAAUGUAAAGGACAAUAUAAAUGACAAUGUAAAUUCCAAUAUAAAUGCCAAUGUGAAUAACAUUUCAGAUAACAUUUCAGAUGACAUUUCAGAUGACAUUUCAGAUGACAAAAGUUACUGGUGUGAUACCAACGAUUGUGAUGAUAAUAAGAACCUCUGUUGUGAUAAGUCAAAUAAUAUAUAUUAUUAUGGUAAUAAUUUAAAAAAUAAGGAUGAAAAGAGGAAGAAAGCGAAUUAUAGUUCUGUAAAUUCAUUAUGUUGUGAGAGCACAUAUUGUAUGGAUACGAGUGAUGAUAAUAUUAGUUCCAAUGAAUGUUCUUCUUAUAUAGAUCAUAAUAAUUCUUGUUCAGGUGAUAUGAAAAAUUUCCUUGAAUAUUUUGAAAGAUCAUGGUUAAGUGAAGAUGAAUUUGUUUUAGAUCCUACACGAAUAACAUUAUUUACAGGUUAUUCAGGUAUAGAUGGAGAUACUUUUAAAGUAAAAUGGUUAAUGGAUAAAUAUGGAAUUCAAAUAAACAAGACAUCUAUAAAUAGUGUUUUAUUUCAAACAAAUAUUGGUACUACUGGUUCUUCUUGUUUAUUUUUAAAAAGUUGUUUAUCAUUAAUAUCACAAGAAUUAGAUCAGAAGAAAAGUUUAUUUAAUGAGAGAGAUUUAAAUCAAUUUAAUGAGAGUGUAUAUAAUUUAGUUUAUAAUUAUAUUGAUUUAUCUGUAUUUAGUGCUUUUCAUCCUUUAUUUAAAAAAAAAUAUGAUGAUAAAAAUAUAUUUAAUAAUGAAGGUGAUUUAAGAAAGGCUUUUUAUUUAGCAUAUGAAGAAGAUUAUGUUGAAUAUAUUUUAUUAAAAGAUUUAAAAGAUAGGAUAAGACAUAAAGAAAUGAUAGUAGCUGCUAGUUUUAUUAUACCAUAUCCUCCUGGAUUUCCUGUGUUAGUUCCUGGGCAAAUAAUAAGUGAAGAAAUUGUUAAUUAUUUAUCUGGUUUGAGUGUUAAAGAAAUUCAUGGAUAUGAUGAAAAUAUUGGAUUUAGAUGUUUUUAUAAUUUUAUAUUAGAUUAUUAUGAAUCUGUUAAUAUAAAUGACCCAUAUAGUAGUAUGUAUCAUGCUAUAGAUAAGAAGUUAUAUGAACAAUUAAAAGAAAAAUAUUUAAAUAGUAAAAAAGAUUUACAUGAAGAGAGAUUAAGUAAUUUGUAUAUGUAUGAUAAAGAAACCAUGCAAAUGAAAAAGGUUAUUUAUAUAUAUAAUAACGGAUCUUAUUCUGUGGAUCCAUAUGCAUCUAUAAGUGAUUCAAAUGAAGAAGGAGUCAUUAUUAAUCCCCCAAUAGUGAAUAAUAAAAAGGAUAUAUAUCAUAAUCAAAGAGAAAAUAAACAACACAAUAAUUAUAAUAAUAUAAAAAAAAAAACAUAUGCUAAUAACAAGUCAGAUGUUAUGAUGGGUAUACCAUCUGCUGACCAUAUAAAUACACAUGUUAUACAAAAAAGGAAUGAUAAUAAUAAAAAAAUUAUGAAUACUAGAAAUUAUAACAAUAUUGUUAAUUAUACUUCAAAUAUUUUAAAUAAUAAGAAAGAUCAUCCUAUUUAUAAUAAUGGAAGUCCUAGAAUAUCUGCAUGUUCCAAUCCAAAUAAUAUUAAACCACACGAUAUGUUUAAUAAAUUAAAUCAUAAAAAUGGUGAAAUUAUAAAUAAUAUGUUAGUUCAAAAACAUGAAAAAAAUAAGGAUUAUUCUUUAUAUUUAACAGAUGCUAUAAAUACAACAAAGUUUCAUAAAAAAAUGUACAUUCAAUCUUAUAGUCGAAAAGGUGAUAGAGAAUUGGAUUAUCAAAAUAAAAAAAGUAUUUUAUAUAAUAAUAUGGAUAAUAUUGUAUAUCAUGGAAAGCAUCUUGUUGUAAAAAAGGAUAUAAUGAAUAAUGAUCCGAGUUUAAAACAAAAUAAAUAUAACAAGAAUGUGUUAUCAUGCAAAACAAAUGAUAUUAAUAAUAUAAAUAAUAAUAAUAAUAUAAAUAAUAUUAAUAAUAUUAAUAAUAAUAUUAACAAUAUUAACAAUAUUGGAACUACUUGUAAGAAUGAAAGAAAGAAGAAAAAAAAUUUGGGAAUUCAAAUGACAGUAUCAUCAUAUAAUAAUCAUUUGAAAGGAAAUGAUACAAGUAGAUAUUCAGAUUCGACAUCUAUUUGUGAGGAUAAUGUAAAUGAUGAAAUCAUUGAUGAUACAGGUCAUAAUAAGCGUGACCUUAUUGAUGCACAUAAUAUUGAAAAUAUAAAAUGUUAUAAUAAAAAAUAUGGUAACGGCUGUGAUGUUAUACCAUGUAAAGAAAAUAUACAUAUCAAUGAAAAAGAUUCAUAUUCUGAUGUUGUUCUUAUAAAAAAAAAUAAUAUAAUAACCAAUGAUGAUGGAAAAUAUUAUAAUAAUAAUAAUUAUCAUAAUAAUAUACAUUUAAAUUCUAUACCUUUGUCAAAUAACAUAAAUGUAGAAAAUGAUUAUGAUGUUGUUCAAAAGGAUAAUAAAAUGUUGUCUCCAAACAAUAUGAAUAAUAAGAAGGAAGGUGCGUAUUACUCUGAUUCUAAUAAAAAUAUUCACGAUAACGUAUUUUUAAAAACAAAAGAAAAUGAAAAUAUUGAAUAUAUAACAAAGGAAUGUUUGAAAAAACAAUUGGUAGGAUAUAAUAAGGAAGAAAUCAAAAAAAUAAACGAAUUUUUAAAAAUAAAUAAAAGGAUAGAUGAUGAACAUAUUGGGGACAUAAAAAUAAAACUUGAUGACGAAAUUUUAGAAAGAAAUGAAGAAGAUACUUAUGAUAAUAAAAAUGAUAUGUGUAAUGAAAAAAUUAUUAAAGGUAAUAUUGAGAAUGUAGCAGAUGGUUCAUCAAAAAUGAAGAUUGAUAAAAAGGAUACACUAAAUAAUAAUAACAAUUGUUGUGAUAUGAAUAAUAAUAAUAAUAAUAAUAAUAAUAAUAAUUGUAAUUAUAUUAAAAAAUGUGAAACAAAUCAAAGUGAUAUUCAUUUUAUAAAUGAUAACAUGGAAGAAAUAGAAAAAACAAAUAUGAAUAUAAAAAAAGAUGUUGAACAUAAUAUUAUACAAGAGUCUAAUUUUAAUAAUGUUAAACAAAGUGUAAAUAAUAAUAUGCAUUUUGUAUUAGAUAAAUAUAAUUGUAAUAAUAUAAAAAAAUUAAAUAACUCUAAUAUAUAUGAUAAUAAUAAUAUAUUAAGUAAUGAUAAUAAUUAUAAUGUAAAUCACAAAGUAUAUAAUAGUCCUAUAGAAAAUAUUAACAAUAUAAAUUGUAAUAAUAAUAUAAAGAAUGAUCAUAAUAAUAAUAAUAUACCUUAUAAAGAAAAUAAAGUAAGAAAUUUAAUUAUAUGUGAAAAUGAUAUAAAUAAAAACACAGGUAGACAAUUAAAUACAUUAAAUAAUAAUAGCUACAUUAAUAAUCUUAUAACAAAUGUAGAUGAUGAUACAUUCGUACAUAGAGAAGGGAACUUUUUUCUUCAAUGUGAAUUCGCAAAUUCAGAUAUUAAUUCUAAUAUGUAUGAAGUGGAAUCUUCUUUAAAUAAUAUUUAUACUAAUCUAGGAGGAGUUAUUAUAAAAAAUAAUAUGGACUAUGAUGAUUGUGAACCCAAACAUAACUGA